CGCGCGAAGUGGUGCUGUCCGCCGCCCAUGAUCAACAGCUAGCGUGAUUGUAACGUCGCGCUGGAACUCACCUGCUGGAUGCAGAUGAGAGGCCAAGACGCGCUUUGCCUCGCUGUUUGCCGCCGCGAGCGUGGUGGGGAGUAAGGUAUUAAUUGGACUGUCUCCGCUCGUAGGGUUUUGGUUCAGCAGCAGCUCGUCCCCUCCUUCAGCUUGCCCCAGCCAAUCACUCUCCUCCGGUGAACUGAAAAAGAGUGAACCCUCUCGAGUGUUAACGUCAACACUUGAAGACCACUAUUCACUAUGGCUGCCGCCGCUGGUCCCAACCAGGUCGAUAUGGCCCUCAGCAACGAGCCCAAGGUCGCUACACCUCUCUACGAGAUGAACGAGAAGCAGGCUCUUGCUGGCGAGAAGCGUCACUCUUCUGCCACAAGUCAAGACAUCAAUGCUCCCCCUGUCGAGUUCGAGGCCGAUCUCAUUGGCGAGACACCCACCGAGGAGGAACUGAAGACACUACGUCGUGUCUCUGGCAAGAUCCCGUGGCAGAUCUUUACCAUUGCGUUCGUCGAGCUUUGCGAGCGUUUCGGUUACUAUGGUUGCCAGGUGCUGUACACCAACUUCGUCCAGCAGGAGCUGCCCGUCAUCGAUGGUGUAGUCCAGACUACUGGCAAGGACCCCCGUGCUGAGGGUCAGCCUGGUGGCCUCGGUAUGGGCCAGCGUGCUUCGUUCGGUAUCGGUACCUUCAACUCUUUCUGGGCCUACACAACACCCAUCAUCGGUGCCAUUAUUGCCGACGAGUACCUUGGUCGCUUCAACACCAUCUUCAUCGCCAUCGCCUUCUCCAUCAUCGGUCACAUCCUGCUCAUUAUCUCGGCUAUUCCUAACGUGCUCACUGGCGGCAGUGCCAUUGCCCCGUUCAUUCUUGGUGUGAUCGUUCUUGGUUUCGGAACUGGUGCUUUUAAGGCCAACAUUUCGCCCCUCAUCGCCGAACAGUACAAGCAGACAAAGCCUCGUGUGAUCAUCGACGAGAAGACUGGCGAGCGUGUCAUCUCUGACCCUAACAUCACACUUUCGCGUAUCUUCCUGUACUUCUACAUGUUCAUCAACAUCGGUUCGCUCACCGGCCAGAUCUCCAUGGUCUACGUUGAGAAGUACGUUGGUUUCUGGUGCGCAUGGCUUCUGCCCACCAUCAUGUUCUGCGGCUGCCCCAUCGUUCUCUGGGUCUGCCGCAACAAGUACCACAAGAGCCCACCUACCGGCUCCGUCCUCAUUCGCGCUUUCAAGCUCCUCGGUCUCGCCACCAAGGGGAAGUGGUCCAUCAAUCCCGUCACCACCCGCAAGAACUUCAAGAGCGAACGAUUCUGGGAGGAUGUCAAGCCCAGCCAUCUCGGCGAGUCUAAGCCCGCCUGGAUGCAAUUCGACGACGCCUGGGUCGACCAGGUCGCUCGUGGUCUGCGUGCCUGCUCUUGCUUUACUUGGAUACCGCUGUACUGGCUGUCCUACAACCAGAUGAACGGCAAUUUGACCUCGCAAGCGGCGACCAUGACCCGCAACGGUGUCCCCAAUGAUAUCAUCACCAACCUCAACCCCAUCUCGCUCGUCAUCUUCAUCCCCAUCGUUGACAACUUCCUAUACCCCGCGCUGCGCAAGGCCGGCAUCCGCUUCACACCCAUCAAGCGCAUUGCGUUCGGUUUCUUACUCGCGUCCCUCGCCAUGGUGUCUGCCACCGUUAUCCAGUACUACAUCUACAAGACGGGCCCUUGCGGCAACGAGAUGAACUCGUGCGAUGACCCCGCGCCCAUCAAUGUCUGGACCCAGGCCGUGCCGUACGUGCUUGUCGGUUUCUCCGAGAUCUUCACAUCCAUCACCGGUCUGGAAUUCGCUUUCACCAAGGCGCCCAAGAACAUGCGCUCCCUCGUUACAUCGUACUGGCACUUCAUGUCUGCGUUCUCCAACGCUAUCGGCCAGGCACUUGUUUCGCUUUCUGAGGACCCACUGCUGGUGUGGAACUACGGUAUCGUUGCGGUCCUGGCGUUCGCUGGUGGCAUCCUGUUUUGGAUCCACCAGCGCCCGACGGAUAAGAAGGAGGAUAUUCUCAACAUGUUGCCUGACUCCAACUAUGUUGGUAAGGACAGGAGGCACAGUGUUGAGAACCCCGACCGCGCUGCAUAAACGUGUAAAGGUUUCUGGUAACAGCUGCACUUGAGGUGCUUUGAUGGCGUAUGAAUAUGAUGCUAUGUAAUGCUGGAGUGCAUUAUGUUUGGUACGGAGAUCUUUCUUCGAUGAUACCUAUUUGUUUUGGUAGUUAGUUACAUGAAUGCAUGAGACGACGCUCUCGCUUCACCUG